GUACGCUUAUAAAUUGAGGCGCAGGUUAGCUUACAAUAGUGAGCGAGUGAUAGAUGGUAGCUGCCUAGGACGGAGUUACCAAAGAGAAGAGAGAGCCGCUCAAGAAUUAAAAAGUGACCAAACCAACCCCAACUGCCAUCUUAGCUUUUAUCUAACCACCACCCCCCACCUUUUAUCCUUUGUGCUCUCUCUCUCUCUAGCUCCCUCGCUCGCUGCCUUGUUCUUCCCAAUGGAGUCUUCUGCAGCUCUCGGAUCUCUCCGUCAGAGUUUAGGAUCCGCCGUAAAUGUUCACUCCCUUUCUGGUAACUGGUCUCCCUCUGGUAAUUCUUGUGUCCCACGGUGGAGUUUGUUCAACAGGAACAUGCUUGUGUUGCGUGCAGACUCCUCUAAAUCUUCAACAACAACAACCAAAACUGAUGAAUCAUCUGAUGCCUCAAACGGGACUAAAACUAAAACUGUUCGAAGAACAACUUUCCCUAAAGAAGUUGAGGCACUGGUUCACGAGAUGUGUGAUGAGACUGAGGUUGCUGUGCUCAAACUCAAGGUUGGAGAUUUUGAGAUGAACCUUAAGCGGAAGAUUGGACUGGCCGAAACUCCCAUUCCCGUGCCUGAUAUUUCUCCAUCUGUAGCUCCCCCGAUUCCUUCUGAGCCCAUGAACAAAUCAGUGUCUGCUUCUGCUGAUGCUAGCCCAUCCAAAGCAAAACCUGCCUCUGAGAAAGUGUCUCCGUUCAUAAAUGCUGCAUACCGAAAAUCAUCAAAGCUGGCUGCUUUGGAGGCAGCUGGAUCUAACAACUAUGUUCUAGUCACAUCUCCGUCAGUGGGUAAGUUUCAGAGAAGUAGGACUGUAAAAGGAAAGAAACAAGGUCCUACCUGUAAAGAGGGUGAUGCAAUAAAGGAAGGUCAAGUGAUUGGAUACUUACAUCAGUUGGGAAAAGAACUUCCAGUAACGUCAGAUGUAGCUGGGGAAGUUCUCAAGCUUCUUUCAGAUGAUGGAGACUCUGUAGGUUAUGGGGAGCCUCUGGUUGCCGUCUUGCCAUCGUUCCAUGAUAUCAACAUCCAGUGAUACUCAUCCGGAGACUGUACUCUUUCAUCUUCUCUUAUCUUUCUUUUAUGGAGUAUGUAUUCGGCUGAUUGCAAAGAGCUUGAGAUUCUAUUUUGAUCUUCAUCUUGAUCAUGAUUUGUGUGGAGAUCUAAUUCCUGAACAUGUGACGCAGCUAUAUUGUUUUUUUGUCACUCUUUGGAUUUUGGUUCGUCUUA